GGGUGCUCUCAAAAUUAUUUCUAAAGCAGCCUGGCCACCAUCAGUGGAGCUCUGCAUCCACGUGGGUUUGCUUCUCUGCCAUGCUGAUGGGCUGUUAGGCUGCAGAGGCUCUGCUGAGGGAGCAGUGAAGGUUUGGAGCCCCUGGCAGCGAUGAGUGGGGUGAAGGUGACAGCCCUGGGGCGUCUCUCCAAGCUGCUGAAAACCCUGCGGGCUGUGCCAGCACGGCCCUGCAGCCUGGCUGCCUGCUCCCGGAAAAACACCAGGAAUGCUGCCUUGCAUCCCCUGUGGCAGAGCCCGCUGACAAUUCCCGGAGGCACCCGCCAGUCUCCCAUCAACAUCCAGUGGAGGGACAGUGUUUAUGAUCCCUUCCUGAAGCCUCUGAAAAUCAGCUACGACCCCACCACCUGUCUUCACAUCUGGAACAAUGGCUACUCCUUCCUGGUGGAGUUUGAUGACUCUACUGAUAGAUCAAUCAUCGUUGGAGGCCCUUUGGAAAACCAGUACAGGCUGAAGCAGUUCCACUUCCACUGGGGAGCUGUCAAUGACUGGGGCUCAGAGCACACAGUGGACUGUAAAUUUUACCCAGCAGAGCUGCAUUUGGUGCACUGGAAUGCUGUGGAGUACCCCAGUUUUGAGGAAGCUGUGAUGGAAGGGAAUGGCCUGGCUGUUAUUGGAGUGUUCUUAAAGCUGGGAGCACGGCACGAGGGGCUGCAGACCCUGGUGGAUGCCCUGCCAGCAAUCAGACACAAGGACACUGUGAUCGAGUUUGAUGUCUUUGAUCCCUCGUGCCUGAUCCCUUCCUGCCCUGAUUACUGGACCUACGCGGGCUCCUUGACCACUCCCCCCCUCACUGAAUCAGUCACAUGGAUCAUUAAGAAGAAGCCAAUCGAGGUGGAUGAGGAUCAGCUGGAGGCCUUUCGGACGCUGCUGUUCACGUCGGAUGGCGAGGAGGAGAGGAGGAUGGUGGACAACUUCCGCCCGCUGCAGCCGCUGAUGAACCGCACCGUGCGCUCGUCCUUCCGCCCCCAGCUCAGCCCGUAGCUGCCCCAGCACCCUCAGCACUUCCCAGCCUUUGCCCUUCCACUUCCAGCUCCUUGGCUGUCCCUAGGGAAGCUGCGGGGUUUUUUUAGUUUUGUUUUGUUUUUUUUUAAGAAGUGAGUAAUAUUAACUCUUAACAAAUCGUUCCGAGGCAGGGGUCAAGAAGGAGUUAUUAAGAAGUUAAAGAUAAGGACAGGAGAGCUCCUCCCCUGCUCCUCUGAAUUGUUCUGUGUUUCUUCAAAUGCUCUUCCAGAGCCUUGCAUGAAUUAGUAAUCCUGGGUAAAAACUGUUAAGAAGGAGGAAGUGGGAAGAAAAGAAAAAUAUCAGUACUUUGAUAUCAGGGCAGGACUGAUCAGGUCUUUUUGGGGAAUUGUUUGAUGUCUGGGAAGAGAGCUGGAAGGGAAUUUGUCUCAUCUUCCUUGGAUGAGAGGAGAAGCACAAAAAUGACUUCCAGGAUCUCUUUCCAUUCUGUUGGCUGCACAUUCCGUGGUUGAUGUGGGUGCCACAGCAUGCCCACUGUAAGGACACCAGGAGCCAGAAGACUUUUUCUAAAACCUUUUAACAACUGUAGAAGCUUUGGCAGCUUUUGUUUUCCUGUGUUAAUAAACUAUCAGGAGAAGGGAGGAGAAGAGAAUUCCCCAGUACCUCAACACUGGCAAGAACAGCAAAUUAGGUGAAAAUGUCCAAUUGAUCCCAGGAAACUGAUCACAUCAACGGAAGGCAAGAUUAGAUAAGGCCCAGCUGACCUUCCCAGUGGGAUUAGGAGGGCAAAAACCCAAACCAGUGCUAGGAGAGUGUGGACAAAACACAGCACUGAAAAAGGGCUUUUAUUUCAGUAACUCAGAGAGCACCAGUGCUCCCUUCUUCAAAGUUUUGCCUUGAGAUGUGUUUUCCUAUAAAAACACUUACCCAGCUCCGGGACCAGUGGAGACCUGUUUGUUUUUAUGGCACCUUAUGGUAGCAGGCUCCAGUGGGGGUUGGAAUUGAUUUGUGGACCAAGCAGAGCUGCUGUGUGAGCUGCCAGCUCCCAGCCCUUCCCAGGAGCUGUGGUCCAACAGCCCCAGGGAUCACUGACCUCUCACAUCCUACUAAACCUAAUUUUCUCUCGGGCACCUCUCUCUCUGGCCUUCAUGCUGUGCUGUAUUUAGCAGAUUAAAUUCCUGCACUAGAUUUCUGAUGAGGAGCAGCUCUGUAUCAUCUCCUUGGGCUGUGUUUCAGGAAUCUUUUCAGGAAUCUUUCCCCCCUCUGUUUGAUUCCUGGUGGGAUUCAGUGAAGCCAUGGCCUGGCUUGGCAAUGCUAAAUCCAGGCCUUUCCAAUUGGUACUUUGGUUUUUGUUUGUUUUUUUUUUGAAGUCUAAUUAUUCAGUUUCAAAGCACCUUAACACUUUUCAGCAUGACCCUGAUGAUUUUAAGGGUUUGAGAUAAUGUUGAAGCAGUUGAGUGCCCAGAUCCUGCCUUUCCUUCCUCAAUAGCUCUACCUCAGGCUGUUGUCUGGUGCCACAGUUGUGCCUUUGUCCCCUGCAUUGUGGCCACUUCACUGGAGUGAGUCUAGCUGCUGAAAGGAAGGAAAUCUCCCUCUAUCCCAGUGCAGGAUAUUUUUCCUGUUGGGAAUUCAGUGAAGCUCUUUGGUUUUACCACUUCCCCCAAGCCCUCCCUGCCUGGGGGAACAUUUCCAUCCUGGCUGUGCCAUGUCCCUUUGCAUGGGGCUGGGAUUAUCCUGGCGUUGUGGCAGGUGUCCCUGCCAUGGCAGGGGUGGCACUGGAUGAGCUUUCAGGUCCUUUUCCACCCAAACCAUUCCACGAUUUUCUGAUUCCAUGAUCUCAGUUAAACUCUGCAGGCUCUGCCAUCAUCACUCAGAUCUUUAGCUACAAAACCACAUCAGUGAUGAUGUUGCUGGAGAAUGAUACAUUCCAAAACAAAGCUGGAAGGAAUAUCUACAGUCGAGGGAACAGGAAAAGAAUUAUUUUACUUUUUGCCUGAAUAUAUAAUAAUUAUGAUCCAGUCAUUAAGUUUGAGAUAUUUAUUCAGUGCUGUUCUUGCAGACACUUUCUGAGGAGGAACCUGGAGAAAGAUGGCAGCAGCUCAGAUAUUUUCUACUCAUUAAUAGAAAAAAUUGUAAUACAAAGACAUCUUAAUGUUGCCUUGUAUUUAAAACCAGAGCUGCCUCAGCAGCACUGGGCUGUAAGUGCAUCCAUCUCCUUAUCAUUUAUGAAUGGAUCUUUUAAAAGGCUUUUGUAAAUGCUCAGUUUUUUAACUGCUUUUGUAAUUUCCACUGAGUUUUUGGAUUUCUCUGAUCUACCGAGAAGAAUCACCAGUUGAUCCAGCUUUCCCAUCAAACCCAAAAUCCAGAUUAUUUCAGGGAACUGCAGGGGUGUAACUGUUUAACUCCAGCUGCUCUGGAACUCUGCAGCAGCCUCACAGCCACUGAGUUCUCCAUGGUUUGCUCCACUCAAUCAGAUUUUCCAGGAUGUGUAAAUCCCUCUUGAACCACCCUGCAUCUGUCAGAGGGAAUGUAGGAUAUUCCCUUCCCAGUGAUCCAGGAAAAGUUCUCAGAGAGAUUUAUUUCAAGUUCUCAGAGAGAUUUGCUUUGUUCAAGUAUUGAGAAUAGUGAAUUAGCCAGUGAUGCAGUUAAGCUGUGUCCAUAUUUACAUCAAAUCACACCUAUUUUUACUGACCUAAAAUAAAGAAAUUCCAAUUAUAGCACUGAUCACUUCAAAUAGCUGAAAACAAGGUUAAUAUAGAUAAAAAAAUAACAUUACUCUGCUACAAAAAGAAGUUUUACAGGGGUUUUGCUGUUUCUUGAGUCCUGCAUUUCUGUGUAGUGUUCUAGCAUCUCCUGAAGGCAGGCAGGAGCUCAGCUGCAGAUUGUUGGAAUGAAUCUGGAAAUGAACGCACUGAGGUUGGUUUGUCUGUUUCCAUUCUGCUACGAUGACUUUAUUGACCUUGUGAAUGUAAACUUUAGGAAAAUAAUAGUGUUUAAAUCAAGAGAUGGGAUAGAAUUCCCGUGCCUUAUUCUCUCAGUUCUGUGUGGAAGGAUGAUUUGAUUGUUGGGUUAGAGCUGAUUUUGCACAAUUAAGUGAAAAAGGAAUCUUUGGGCUCUUUUGGGUGGCACAAUACAAAAGGGUCAAAGCACAUAUAUUUGUAUUUUCCUUGCAUAAGAGUCACUUUAUUAGUAAAUACUGCCCUGGGAGACGUUCCUGGGGCAGCAAGUCCCAGGAAUUAAAGACUGUCACAGGAAUCAUUCUGGGACAACUCCCUGCAAAGGGAGGAGGAGGUUUGGAGAUCUGUGCUGGUCUGGUUCCAGCUGCCUUUCAGGAUUCCUCUGAACUGCUGCUCUCACCUUGUCCUGGGUGACUUCACAGUGGGACAACUUCCUCUGCUGUUGGAGUGUUUGAUCCCUCUUCCUGCAUUCCAGAACUUUCACUCUUCAGGUGUUCCUGCCCACUUUUGUGCUGCCUUUUCUGUCAGGGAUGACAGGAGGGUCUCCCCUGGCUUUGGAAGCUCCAGAAUUGGAGUUUGCUUUGAUCUCCACAAAGUUUUAGAGGACUGGAAUUCUGCUUUGGAUGAAGGGUCCCCUCAUGCCUUAAUUUGGGAUGUUUUAACUUGUAUUUCCUGGCACAUCUUGGCUUUUUUCUUUCUUUCUUUGUGCAUCUUGUUUUUGUGCCUUUAUGACAUUGUGUAUUUAACGUGUGUUACCUGCCUGACCAUAACUGAAAUCACUGUCUGCAGACAACCCCUGGAACAGGGAAUGCUUUAUGUUUUCCUGGGAUACAGGCCCUUCCCCAGAGUUUUUCCCUGAUGUAUAGAACCCUUCAGCUGCUGCAUUUUACACUGUUACAUUAGUGUGCAACUACAAUAAAAAACCAGAGAAACCCA